AUGUGUGAACCUGAUUUCACCGAGCCGUGGUCCUCAGAUGGCGAUAGUGUUUCUUCCGACAGCGUUUCAUCGUCUUCAGAUUCCGAAGCCAAAUCAUCUUCGGGUACAGUUGAUCACCUUUCUUCUGGUGUGACUAAGGGAGUUCGUUUUCUGAAGCGCGCUGGCGUGUUCACUAGGGAGGAAGUUAUUGAACAGGCCAUCGACCGUUGGACUUCUUAUCUUCGUCUCUGUGGUAGAGCCAUGACGGCACUGCGUGAGAGCAUGGUGGAAACUUACGUCAAGCAGGCGGUUGACGCCAGGUCUGCUCGCCACCCUAAUUCCUUCAGUGAUCUCAGCGACAUUAUGAAACCAGGGCCUAGCGAUUCACCUUCAGGUUCAUCGCAAGCUUAUCUUGGUAGCAGCCACCGUUUGCAUGAACUUCGUGCUCUUCGACGCUUUGGACGCUAUUCUAGCCGAGUGGAAAACGCGAGGCGAGCAGCUGCAAUGUCUAAGUUUGCUAUCAUGUCUACUCGAUUGGCUCCGUGGCAGCGCUCAGGCGGUGGCCAUCAGUCCUGUAAGUAUCGGGACCCCACAACGACCACGUGGGAAAGUCGCUGCACCCGCACUUGCCUCCCCCUACUGCCUUACUGUGCUGCUCACUUAGUCCUUUCCGAGGACAUACCGCCUCCACCCUCUUCCUCAACCCCUCGGGGGGACGGGGAAGUAGACGGUGAGGCGAGCGCUAGCACCAACUCAGGGGUUGUAAAACCUGGGAAGCCUGCUCGAAAAGUAAACAUGAGUAAACUGCGUUCAAACUCCGACGCCACGAAUCCGUCAACUUCGCUCUGCAGCAAAGUUAGCAAUGUUCAGUUCCCUCCUCAGUUUCUUUUUCGUAAAUGUGGCGGAGGGUCAAAUAAGGAUUGUCCAGAGCCGGUUAUCGCCUGGAGCCCCACGUCGCGAUGCCCCCAGCACGCAGACAUCGACAGCGUCUGGCCGCUCGACGCCAAGGCGGAAGACGCGACCACUGCACCUCCAGACGACCUCCAGAGACCCACCAUCCACCCACUUUUAAUUCACCUGUUACCGGCUCAAUCAGUCAACAUGAAAUACGAGUAUGCCGAAUCGGACAUCAUUAUCGUAUCGGCAUGCCGGACACCCAUUGGACGAUUCUGCGGUAGCUUGGCUAGUGUUCCCACUCACGAACUCGGUGGUCGCGUAAUUUCAGAAUGUAUUAAAAAGGCUACUGAACAAUUUGUUGGGCUGACGGAACACGAAGUUUUAAUGAAGGUGAGCGAGGUGAUAAUGGGCCAGGUGUACACGGCAGGUGGAGGUCAGAAUCCGGCCAGACAAGCUGCCAAAGCUGCUGGCCUUCCCUACACAGUGCCUGCUUGGGGUCUAAACAUGCUCUGCGCCUCAGGCAUGAAGGCUGUUUGCCAAUGCACGCAGAUGCUGAAAGUGGAGGGUGGGCUUGCUGUUGCCGGCGGUCAAGAGUCCAUGUCCCGGUGUCCCCAUAUAACCCCUUCAGGAUGCAGUCUUAGGCGGGGAGGCGGUGGUGGCAACGGCAGUUGUCUACCCGUCUUUGGAGACUUUCGUUUGGUCGACAGCCUUCUUACUGACGGCUUGGAGGACGCUUUCCACGGCGUUCACAUGGGUGUCACCGCUGAGAAUAUUGCCCAAAAGUACCAAAUAAGUCGGAAAGAUCAGGACGCUUUUGCUGUUGAAUCUCAGGCAAAGUGCAAACAGGCAAUGGAAACAGGAAAAUUUAAGUCUGAAAUAGUCCCAAUCACCAUCCCCAACUGCGACAAACGCGGGUCUUCAAGUGGGCCAAUCGUGCUUGCAAACGAUGAGCCGCCUCGACCACAAACAACUAUGGAGGGGCUUGCAAAACUGCGACCCGCUUUUUCCAACGGGUUGCCCUUCACCCAAGAAGCGACUGUUACCGCAGGAAACGCCAGUACCCUUGCCGAUGGAGCUGCGGCCUUGCUACUUUGUAGGGCUGAUGCCGCUAAGUCAUUGGGUUUAAAGUGUCCACUUGGACGGAUUGUUGCGUGGCACCAGAGUGGUUGCGAGCCGCACGUCAUGGGUCUUGGUCCAAUUGAAUCAGUUAAGGGUCUAAUGGAAAAGCUCUCGUGGUCCAUGGAUGACGUUGACCUAUUUGAGUUGAAUGAGGCUUUCGCUGCUCAAUCGCUUGCUGUAUUGAACGAACUCGGGUUGCCUAAAGAGCGGACAAACGUGAACGGCGGUGCGAUUGCUCUGGGUCACCCACUUGGCUGCAGUGGUGCUCGAAUCCUGGUUACGUUAGUGCAUAAUCUCCACCGCCUUGCUCACAGCGACAGCCAGUUGGCUGGUGGUGUCACCGGGGUCUCGACAGGCGACCGCGCCAAACGCGACGGCAGGCGUCGUGGCAUCGCUGCUCUGUGUGUUGGUGGAGGCAUGGGACUCGCAUUGGCGGUGGAAAUUCUCUCCCACCUGACCUGCACGAUGUCUUCCCCUGUGACGUGUAAUCCAGAAGCUCUGCUUCAACAGACUUCCAUGAGCAACCUGGAACGGGUCUUCGUUCAGCGAGAUUUUUCAAAGGGCACCUCAGUCAGAUUCCAGACUUCCUUACCUCAGCGAUUGACGGGAAAGGCAAGCAGUGUUUUCGCGUUCUUCAUCCGUCUGUGCAUUUCUACGUUUCUGCCACAGAUUUCUGCGGAAGAGUUCGCAAAGGCCAUUUCUGAUUUGAAUGAAAUGUUUGACAACGCAGAGGCUUUAACUCCCGGUGUGAUUUGCGAAAACCUGACUGGAUGCCUCACGGCCUACCUCCUCUUCCUAUGCAUGCCCACUCAUUACGAAAGGAUGUUGGAUAAAAUCGCGUACCGCGUGAUCCAACUAAACGACCAGGUUUUCAUGCCCCGCGGCCUGCUUAUGAUAGAUCCUGCCGAGCGCGGACUACGCGUGAUUGAAAUUUGCAUCCUGAACAGCGCCGAUGCAAGCAGCUUACAGCCACUAUAA